AAGACAAAGUGUGACCAUAGAGGAGUGGGGCCGGGUAGAGAGGCCGCUCAUGUGAUUUGAGUCUGAACGGCUUCCGGCGGACUCGGAGAAACUGACGAGUUGAAUUUGUAGGCGUUGGCUGCGGCGACGGCUGCUACCCGAGCUUGGUGACCGGGCUGACAGCGGCCGCCUGAGGCCGGGCGGGCGGGCGGGAUGUUACGGGGUCUGGGCAGCUGGUUUGGCUUGGAACAGGCGUCGGCUGGGGCUGAACCUCCGGCCGGGGGUAGCCCCGAAGAGGAGGCGGCCGCAGGGAAUGAGCCAGAGCAGCGGGAGGGGGAACCUCGGGAAGGAGACGAGGAGCCCCUUCUCCACCAGGCCAAAGGCCUCGGCAAUUACCUAUUUAACUUUGCCACUGCUGCUACAAAAAAGAUAACCGAAUCAGUUGCUGAAACAGCACAAACAAUAAAGAAGUCAGUAGAAGAAGGGAAAAUAGAUGAUAUCAUUGAUAAGACGAUUUUAGGAGAUUUUCAGAAGGAACAAAAAAAAUUUGUGCAAGAACAACAUACAAAAAAGUCAGAAGCAGCAGUGCCUCCAUGGGUUGACAGUAAUGAAGAAGAAACAAUUCAGCAACAAAUAUUGGCCUUAUCUGCAGAUAAAAGAAACUUCCUGCGUGAUCCUCCAGUGGGUGUUCAGUUUAAUUUCGACUUUGAUCAAAUGUAUCCUGUUGCUAUGGUAAUGCUUCAAGAAGAUGAAGUGCUGAACAGAAUGAGAUUUGACCUUGUUCCUAAACAUGUAAAAGAGGAAGUGUUUUGGAGGAAUUACUUUUAUCGCGUCUCCCUUAUUAAACAGUCUGCCCAGCUGACAGCGCUGGCAGCCCAGCAACAAGCCGUAGGAAAGGAGGAGAAGAAUGGCGGCAGAGAAGGCGAUUCACAGCUGACAGAGGCAGUACGACCUAAAACACCACCUGUUGCAAUUAAAUCUCAACUUAAACCUCAAGAGGAUGAGGAAGAAAUAUCAACUAGUCCUGGUGUAUCUGAAUUUGUUAGUGAUGCCUUUGGUGCUUGUAACUUUAAUCAAGAAGAUCUAAGAAAGGAAAUGGAACAGUUGGUACUUGACAAAAAGGAAGAGGAAAUAACUAUAUUGGAAGAAGAAUCUGCAGAUUGGGAGAAAGAACUACAGCAGGAACUUCAAGAAUAUGAAGUAGUGACAGAAUCGGAGAAGCGGGAUGAAAAUUGGGACAAAGAAAUUGAAGAAAUGCUUCAGGAAGGGAAUUAACUGUUUCUUGGAAUAUGAUAUAAUCUUUAAACGUUCCAUACACUGACAUAAAAUUGUUAGUCUGGACUCCCCCAAAUAAGGAGAAACUGAAGAGUAUGUAAUGGCAUAUUGAAGGUCAUUAUGUAGGGCAACAACCAGCAUUAUUUCUUUGUUUAAAAUUAAAUAAUAGUUUAUUCCUAAUAAUCACAGAUGUAUGUUUCACAUAACAAUAGCUUAUUUGAAUAUAGCUUUAGGAGUUCUAUUUGUAGGCUAUAUUGAUAUAAAGGUAGCAGAAAAUGAAGUAAGAUUUUAGAAUACUGCAUUCUCUGAGGUUAAAAGUGGGACAUCAUUAAUUUAUUCUUUAUGCAGAAUUUUAUAAAAUUUCUUCAUGUUUGUACUUUUAUCACUGAAAGUUCUCUGUACAUAUGCAUUAAAAUACUUAAUUCUCUUUAA